CCCAGAAUAAAUUCCCUGGCUCUAGUAAAUCUGCCUUGGUUUUGGUUUCCAUGCCACUGUGUAGUGGAUGUUCUUUAGCUGGCUUGUUCAGCAGUCAGGGGAAUGUGGAUUUGAUCUUCCUACCCAUAAUAUACUAAUGUGCCUUCAUCAGCUCCUGCAUAAUCCUGUUUUUUUUUCAACAGGGAGGUGAAAGACCAUCUGAAUUAUGAGCACAGAGUAUUUAAUAGUGAUGAAUUUAUGAAAACGAGAGCUCCAGGCGAUCAGCCCUUUUAUAGAAAGGUUCUGGAAACCUACAUGUUUCAUUCAUUCCUUAAAGCCCGCCUUAACAGAAAAAUGGAUGCUUUUGCUCACCUAGAGCUCAGUACUGAAAGGGAAGAAGACAGAUUAGGUUCCAUGCUCGAUAGCCCAAGGAGACCGACCAUGGAAAAAAUGGGUUCAAAAAGGUUUCGUCCUGAAUACAUGAUCAGCAAACGGAUGGGAAUGAGUCUGCCCAAUCUGCAGGACAUCAAGCCGAAGGAUUACCCUGCUAGGAAUUCAUCUCUCCGGAGAAUAAACACUAAGCUUGCCGCAAGAUUGGUUUCUAAAUCCGUGAGCACUUUCAAGAUCCCAGAGAUCCACUUCCCUCUUGUGGGCCAGUGUGUCCUUUCCUACUAUAUUGAUUUCAUCAGCCAUCUCAGCAGAGCUAUAAAUAUUUUGCCCCCCGAGAACUCUGCGCUGCUGGCCAGGUAUUUCUACCUCCGGGGGCUUAUCGGUUUGAUGCAAGGAAAGCUUCUGAAUGCCCUUUCGGAUUUCCAAAACCUGUACAAGACGGAUGUAGGGAUAUUCCCGGCCGAUCUCGUGAGGAAGGUGGUGGAAACGCUUCCUCCUUCGGACCGGUCCCAGGCGGAGCAGAAGCCCGAGCUGAAGAGGCUGAUCAGUCAGGUGCUGGAUAAGCAGAGGGAAAUCGUCAAAGUGGACGAUCACGUGAAGAACUUCGAGUUGCCAAAAACUCACAUGCAGCUGGAUGACUUUGUGAAACGGAUCCAGGAAUCUGGGAUUGUCAAAGAUAUCGACACGAUACACCGGCUGUUUGACGCGUUAACUGUAGGCCACCAGAAACAAAUAGACCCAGAAACCUUUAAAGACUUUUACAACUACUGGAAGGAGACAGAAUCGGAGGCGCAAGAUGUAAACCUGCCACCCACCGUGAUCGCACGCCUGGACAAAAACGAAUGCGUCUACAAGUUGUCAGCCUCGGUUAAAACGAACAAAGGCGUUGGGAAAAUAGCCAUGACUCAGAAGCGCUUGUUUCUCUUGACUGAAGGAGGCCAGCCUGGCUAUGAAGAGAUUGCUACUUUCCGGGACAUAGAGGAAGUGAAGAGCACCACAGUUGCCUUUCUUCUCCUCAGGAUUCCUACGCUGAAGAUAAAAGUCAUGUCCAGAAAGGAAGUAUUUGAAGCAAAUCUGAAGUCAGAGUGCGACCUUUGGCACUUGAUGGUGAAAGAGAUGUGGGCUGGGAAGAAAAUGGCGGAUGAUCACAAGGAUCCUCAGUACAUUCAGCAAGCCCUUACCAAUGUUCUUCUGAUGGACGCUGUCGUGGGUGCCUUGCAGUCUUCCAAGAUCAUAUAUGCUGCUUCCAAACUGUCUUAUUUUGACAAGAUGAGGAAUGAAGUGCCCAUGAUGGUCCCCAAAACAACAGCAGAAACACUGAAGCACAAGAUCAAUCCAUCCUCAGGUGAAACUUUCCCGCAGUCGGUGGAGUUCUUGCUUUAUACACCAGGACAACUUGAUACAGUGGAAAAGCACGGAGAUGCCCACCCCAAGCUGUGGUGUGCUUUGGAUGAGGGGAAGGUGGCCGUCUUCGAUGCAUCUACGUGGUCCAAACAGCACUGUUUUAAAGUGGGAAGCUCUAAACUGAAAUGCAUGGUGAUGGCAGAGCAGAGCCAAGUCUGGAUUGGUUCCCAAGACUCCAUCAUCUAUAUAAUCAACACCCACAGCAUGUCUUGCAACAAGCAACUGAAUGACCAUCGCUGCGAAGUCAAGGACAUCAUUGUGCAGGCCAGAGGCAGCUUGUCCAGACCCAGAGUGUCUUCUCUUGUGCUUCCCUCCCACAAUGAAAGAGAGGCAUAUUCAUGCAGCAUCGACGGGACGGUGAUCGCCUGGAACGUCAGCACCUUGAAAGUCAACCACCGGUUUCAGCUGCCCUGCGAGACUCUGACGUCCAUCAAAUUCCACAACAACCGACUUUGGUGCUGUGUCGGAAGCUGUAUUCUCGCUGUCACGACAACCGGCGUUGUUCGGCAGAAGGUAAAAACGGAAGAGCUUGUGAGAGAUCCCCCGCUGUCCUUGCUGACUUUCCAGUUGUGUCCUGAGAGGGAUCAACUGUGGGCAUCGUGCUCAGGGAGUCCUGACCUAUACGUCUGGAAUCUGGCAGAUCUCUCUACCCCUGCUCAAAAGAUAAGCCUGCAAGACUGUGUCGAGAUCACCUGUAUGAUGAGAGUGAAAAAUCAGAUGUGGGUUGGCGGCAGAGGACUCUCUCAAGGCAAAAUCAAAGGAAAGAUCUUUGUGGUUGACGCCGAAAAGAAGACGGUGGAAAAAGAACUGGUCGGGCACAUUAACACCGUGAAGGCCCUGUGCUCUGCUGAGGACAGAUAUGUUCUCAGCGGCUCUGGGAAGGAAGAAGGAAAAGUUGCUAUCUGGAAGGUCGAAUAGGCUUGAAUGCUUUCGGUUUUAAAACCUGGAUAUGGGAAGGGGAUUCUGUUCACUUCAGUUCUGCACGAGUUAUAUUCUUCAGUGUUUUUAACUUAUUAGAACGACAUUCAGUGUAAUCAAGUUACUGUAAUAUGAAGCAGUGGAAGGGAAAUCACUACUUACACAUAGUUUCGAUGACCCAGAACAAGGGCCGUGAAAAUAUGUCACUGGGUAAUUCAUAAUAUCAGAUUUUUGUUUUGCUUGAAGUUAUUUGCAGAGGUACCAGUAAACUUUUGCAAGGCUGAACCAAUAAGUUCGCUGG